CGGCGCCCCCGCGCAUGCGCCCGCCCGCGCCUGCGCAGCGCCCGCCGCGGGGGAGCGCGCGGCAAUGGCGCAGCCGGGCAGGGCCAGCCUGAAGGAGCAGAGAUACGACCGGCAGCUGAGAUUGUGGGGUGACCAUGGACAAGAAGCUUUAGAAUCUGCCCAUGUUUGUGUAAUAAACGCAACGGCGACAGGAACUGAAAUACUCAAAAACUUAGUGCUACCAGGUAUUGGUUCAUUUACAAUUGUCGAUGGGAAUCGGGUCUCUGGAGAAGAUGUUGGAAAUAAUUUCUUUCUACAAAAAAGCCAUAUUGGUCAGAAUCGCGCCCAGAGUGCUACUGAGCUCCUGCAAGAAUUGAAUAAUGAUGUUUCUGGAAACUUUGUUGAAGAGAGUCCAGAAAAACUUCUAGACAAUGACCCUUCCUUUUUUAAUCGGUUUAACUUGGUGGUUGCAACGCAACUACCAGAAAGUACAUUGCUGCGCUUGGCUGAACUUCUCUGGAAUUCUAAUGUUCCUCUGCUGGUCUGCAGGACUUACGGACUGGUUGGUUAUAUGAGAGUCAUUAUUAAAGAACAUACAGUUGUUGAAUCUCAUCCUGACAAUAUGUUAGAAGAUCUGAGACUGGACAAGCCGUUUCCAGAGCUGAGGGAACAUGUUCAGUCUUAUGACUUGGAUCAUAUGGACAAAAAGGACCACAGCCACACUCCAUGGAUUGUGAUUGUAGCCAAGUAUCUAACAAAAUGGUUCAAAGAGAAAAGCGAUCAGUUGCCUAAGAGUUACAAAGAAAAAGAAGCCUUCAGACAACUGAUUCGGCAAGGUAUUUUAAAGAAUGAAAAUGGGACCCCAGAAGAUGAGGAAAACUUUGAAGAAGCUAUAAAAAAUGUGAACACAGCAUUAAAUACCACAGAGAUUCCAAGAUGCAUUGAAGAGAUUUUUAAUGAUGAUUGCUGCAUAAAUCUCACGGAGCAGUCACCCUCCUUCUGGAUUUUGGCUCGAGCUGUAAAGGAAUUUGUGGCAAAUGAGGGGCAAGGAAGCUUGCCUGUCCGGGGCACUAUUCCUGAUAUGAUAGCAGACUCCAAUAAAUUUAUCAAAUUGCAAAAUGUGUACCGUGAAAAAGCAAAGAAGGAUAUUGCUGCUGUGGGUAACCAUGCUGCUAAAUUGUUACAAUCCCUAGGCAAGGCACCCGAAUCUAUUUCAGAGAGAGAAUUAAAAUUGCUUUGCAGCAACUCAGCUUUCCUCCGAGUAGUACGAUGUAGAUCUCUGUCUGAAGAAUAUGGUUUAAACACUUUUAACAAGGAUGAAAUCAUUUCCUAUAUGGACAACCCAGACAGUGAAGUAGUGCUGUACUUGAUGCUACGGGCUGUAGACAGAUUUUAUAAGCAGCAUGGUAGAUACCCAGGUGUCUACAACUAUCACGUAGAAGAUGAUAUUGGAAAACUAAAAUCAUGCCUUACUGGUUUCUUACAAGAACAUGGGUUGUCUGUAGUGGUGAAAGAUGAUUAUGUUCAUGAGUUUUGUCGCUAUGGAGCUGCUGAGCCACAUGCUAUCGCUGCCUUCAUGGGAGGAGCUGCUGCACAGGAGGUUAUCAAAGUCAUUACAGGGCAGUUUGUAAUUUUUAAUAACACCUAUAUUUACAGUGGAAUGUCACAGACUUCAGCAACUUUCCAGCUGUAAGAUAACGAUCUCACAUUUGUUGCCACCAGGCGCUGCCGCUGUGUCCUGUAAAUACUGUGGUGGUCUGCCACUGACUGGACUGUUCUGUAUUACCUGCAAGUUAAAGUUAUUUUAUUUGUAACGAUUUUAUCAUCUUUUUUUUUUUUCUGAGGACAAAUAAAAUCAUACCAAAUACUGAAAAAAUAUUUUUAAUCUAGAAUUUUCUGUUUCACCUUUGAAAGAGAAAAGCAGCAGCUGUUCUUUGGCAUGGUAAGUUGCAUUUACAGAUUGGCUUACCUGGUUUGCAGCAGAGCUGGAUUUUUUUUAAUAAAAGCUGCUCUUCAGACCGAGGGGGGAGGACUUGCAACAGGUUCAAAAAGGCUAAUAUAACUAUGAUGGUGUGGGGAUCUAACUGUGAGAAGAGGUAGGGAAAGCUGUAAUACUUCUUAUUGAUUUCAAGGACAUCAGGGAAGGGGACUGCGUGCCUGAAAGCCUGGUUCUUUCAGCUGUAUUCAUCUAGUGAAAGAUUCUUUUUCCUGCACCCUUUGUGUCUGGCAAAUGUCAAAUGCUGCAGUUUCCAAAACGCAGAGUAUGGAAAGCGAGCUGCGUUGAAACCCGAGCGAUUUCCCCCUAGCCUAGGCCUGGAGCCACGCUAAGGCUGGCACAGCGCUCGGAGAAGGUUAACAGGGCUCUAUCUCCUGGUGCCCGAGAGGAGCCGCGGCUGGCGGCGCCUCCCGCCGCCGCUCGCCUGGCGCUGCCUGAGGAUACCAACAAUCUGGACUUCUUCCAAUGUACAGGAUUUGACCACUUGGUUUUGAAAAGGAAAAAGACCCCCAAGACUGGCUGUUUCUGUCCUGGUGUGGCUGCGUGGGG